AUGGAGGAGGCAUUGGCUAAAAUACGGCCUCACACUACCUCAAAUCUUGCCCACCAGAAAGCACCAGCAAACCUGCUCCAGGCUUUAGAAUCUACGUUUCAGGAAAAGCGUACGGACAGAACACCUACGGCUUAUUUUGCUGCAUUGAUCACAACUCUCGAUGGAAGCAUUCAAAAGAAGGAGACUUCACUCGGAGAUGGAGACGUACUACCUGCAGAACUGUAUCUUCUUGCUCUAGUGGCUCCCUUCGUCCCCCCGCCAGUUAUCCAGACCAAUCUCAAUACACUUCUCUCUCUGACCGCACCACUUUUUCCUGCCUUGAUGGCACAUGCCCCUCCACUGAGGUCGCAGUUGACUCUGUAUAAUGCUGUGUUCAGAGCCCUUGACAAAUCGCAACUGGACGUUUCUGCAGUCCGCCAAUCAUUUGCGUCUAUACUGCAAUUAUGUUUGGAUCCGCGACCAAAAGUGCGCAAGAAAGCAGCUGACAUUGUAAAAGACGUCCUUUCCUUCCCACCGAGUCCUUUAAUUCGGCAUCCUUAUGCUCAGCGGGUGGCUGAGUGGGCUCAUAUUGCGCUUCAGCAAGCAAGCUCUGGCGCCCUACCGAAAUCAAAAUCAUCUGGAAAAGGGUCCGAUACCUCAGCUGCAGAAACAGCUAUCCAUCUCCUUGCAUUCUUGCGCCCAGUACUUCCAAAUCUUCCCCUUGAUGCCAUUCCACCCAUCACCACUACGCUCUUGACCCUUCCACGAUUAGGAAAUCCAUACCUCUCGCAGGCUGCAUACUCGAUUCUUUCCAAUCUUUUUACUGCAUCUACUACGACCGACACUGCCAGUGCAAUAGAACAAAUUCCGGCCGUACUAAAUGCCGUCCUGGAAUCACCGCCAGCAAAAGCCGAUAAUUCCACCUCUCCAUCUUGGAUUCGUGUUCUAGGAGAUGCAAUGUUUGCAUAUCACGUCGCGGACGCAUCGGCCUGUGUCGCUGAGCUCAAUAAAGUGUGGAAAACGGUGUGGUCGUACUUCGAGACGAAGCACCCACAAACCCGUAAAGCUGUUGCGGAAUCUCUGGCUUUACUGACGCGGUGUAUCACGUCGUCUAUCGUGAAAGACUCCAUUUCGGACGGCGAAGCUGGCAAAUCGCCCCUGCGGAGUAUAAUCUCGCAGAUGACGAAAGCUCUCGACUCCCUGGCCUUUGCAUCUGCCAUGCCGGAGCUGCUCUCGGUUAUUUCAGCUCUGGUCUCAAAUUUGGGCUUUCGUAUGGACCCCACGAAGUCUACUACUGCUACAGAGGCUUUACUCAUGCCUCUAGUGUCGAAAAUCGCCGAUCUGCGGGUCCAAAAAGGUUUUGAGCACAAGGAAGCCGCUGAUGCUGUGCUCUCGACGGCCAUGCGAGUGGUGGGUCCCGCUGUGCUUCUUGCAGCUAUUCCUCUGAAUCUAGAGCCCUCGGAUCGCCAAGCAGGCAAAGAACCACGCGCGUUCCUUUUGCCUAUGCUCAACCAACCUCACCCGUCGCUCCUUGGCCAUUUUGUCUCAUACUUCGUGCCCAUGAGCGAGCGGAUGUUCAAUUUGCAGCAAAAGGCCGAUAGUGAAGGAAGGCAAUCAGAAGCAAAAGUGUGGAAUGUGCUUGUCGCUCAGAUAUGGACUGGAUUUGCGGGCUAUUGCCAUGCACCUUCUGACAUCAAGACAGCCCUCACACCGGCAUUCUCGCAACUCCUUUCUCAGUUACUUUACGGCCAGCCUGAUCUUCGGCCACCUGUACUAAGGGGCCUGAAGGCUCUGAUAGAGUCCAACAAGAUUAUCGCAUCCCAGGUGGACAUAGACAUGGGAGAGUCCUCGAGAUCCGAUAAUGCAAUCACUCCCGAACAAGCUUCCAAGAACCUUACUUUCCUCAAGACACAAGUAGAGAGCUGGUUUGCUGUCUUCUUCAACGUCUUCGGUAGCGUGGAUAGGGACAAUCGUGGCAUGGUGGGCGACGUCAUCAGUGUUUGGGCUGAACUCGCAGAGAAGCAAGACAUUGCAAAAGCCUACCGCAAGGUCGUUGACCUUUUCCGUCAAAGCCUCCAACAAUCAGACAACGGGAACACCACUGCAAUGACGCAAGACCUUCUAAUCCUUCUCCUUUCCUUCCUUGACGAGCAAGACAUCGCCGCUUUGUUCUCAACGUGCCUCGCACAGGAGGUGCUGUGCCACAAGGACAACGGCGUACAAAAGCGUGGUUACAAGAUUCUGGCGAAGCUUCUGGAGAAGGGCAAAGUAGAAGAGGAUGCACUCCAGACUUUCCAACGUCUGGACGAGCUUUCUGUUGGGCUUGCACCUGCUGCAAAGAAAGAUCGGUUCAUCUUGCUCUCUCUGCUGAUACUUCGGGUACCUAGCGAGUCUUUGCACAUCAUUCCUUCGCUCAUCCCAGAAGCUGUCUUGGGUACGAAGGAGCCAUCAGAGAAAGCCCGAUUGGCGGCUUUCGAACUUAUCGUUGCUAUGGGUCAAAAGAUGAGCCAGGGUGGUGUAGUGAAGAGGAGCAUGGUGGAUGGAAUGGAUGAGGAUGACGCCGAAGCGAGCAUUAACGAGUACAUGACCAUGGUUGCAGGAGGCUUAGCAGGAGCUUCACCACACAUGAUCAGUGCCACUGUAACCGCUGUCUCCCGUCUCGUAUUUGAGUUCAGAGAAUCCAUCGAUGCCCAGAUGCAGACAGAGAUCUUUACGACUCUUCUCGUUUUCCUUUCCUCUGCCAACCGUGAGAUCAUCAAAUCUACGCUCGGGUACAUCAAGCUUGCGAUUCAUACUUUGCCUAUUGAAUUGCUACGACCACACCUAAAAGAACUUGUCCCUGCACUCCUCGCCUGGUCUCACGAUCACAAGAACCACUUCAAGGCAAAGGUCCGCCAUAUCUUCGAGCGGAUGAUCAGGAGGUUUGGGUGGAAUGACGUGUAUCAAGCGGCAGGUGAGGAUCAGGCCGCGAAGGUGUUGGUGAACAUCAAGAAAAGGAAGGAAAGAGCCAAAAGGAAGAGAGCUCGAGAGGACGAUGAUCAAGAGGAGGCAACUAAAGGAAAUGUUCCCACAGGCGAUGCCUUUGAGGACGUUUUGUAUGGCAGUGAAAGCGAGUUGGACGACAGCGACGAAGACGAGCAGGUAUCUCGACCCGCGGCGGGACUGAAACGGAAGGGAGUUGAACAGGGUGUGCGUCUGCGGGUGGAUGAUGACGAACCGAUGGAUCUCUUGCAGGGGGUUGCAUCACGAUUGACCAGUAGGUACGCCCAAACCAACCGACGCCGCAAGCCGGGUCAAGAUGCAGGUCACUUCAAAACUGACACUGACACUGGAAAGAUUGUUAUCAACGAGGACGAGGAGUCUGACAUCGAAGUCAGCUCUCGGAAGGCUGCCAAAGAUGUUGCUGGCAGUGCAUAUCGGGAGAGUAUGACCUCAGUGGAUGGCUUUACCCGCGGUCCCAACGGGCGCAUCAAGUUCAAUAAAGAUACUAAGAAGAGACGCCGCGAGAAUGAGGACGAAGACGGAGAUGUUGAGAUGGCUGAUGGUGCUGCCACUGCUACGAAGAAAAAUAAACGACCCAUGGAGCCAAAACUGGGUCACGAGUUCAAGGCAAAGAAAGCUGGUGGUGACGUCAAGAAAGGCGGCGUGGAUCCGUAUGCUUACAUGUCGUUAUCUCAAGCCGCGAAGAAAAAAGGCCGAAACCGUACUGGCAUUUCUGGAAAACGUUGA